CGGGCAGGCGGGCACGUUGAUCCUCCCCGCGACUCUGCGGGAGGCUUCGGAGCCCGGCUUGCUGAUGGGGACCUUGGUCCCCAGAGACGUUAACUGUAAAUCGCCCGAGGUCUCACAGCCCGGCAGUCCAGGUCCAACCCCUCGUGGCCCGGCUGCGCCCCGAGGAGGUGAGACUUUUCCAGUUAGAAACCCGGGCGAUCGGACCCCGAGCGAUCCCUCGCGAGCACUCGCGCGCGCUCACCUUCCUGACCGCGGCGCGAUCGCUGCUGGUGACAACUUUGGGCGCCUCUCGGACCCUCGGUUUCCUCCUCGCAAUGUGGGGACAGAAACUGGUCUUCGCAAUGAGAUCACGGAAAGAGGGCUUCGUACAAUGCGCGCGCCUAAUGCGUUUGUCCUGGUGUUUCUCUCUUGUUUUCCUCCCUUUACGUUCGCAGAGUGACAAGUUUUGAGUUCGGUGCCGGUGAUUUUAUCGGGACUACCCACAUUACCUGACUGACCUUGUGAUCUGUAUCCAUCUCAUUUGGCCCGGAAGGGGACAUUCGGUGUUGGGUGGGUGACCUAAAUUAGCAUGAAAAGAUGAUGAAAACUCAUAUACAUUUAAUUGAUAUCUGUUUAUUUCGACAGUGUUUCCGUUCACUGUAGAAAGAAACACAAGCGAGAAGAGGAUGAUGAUGAACACAAUGUAAAAGAAUGUGAGGAUACCUGCUGCAAAGUCUUACAAGUUGUCCAGUAAGAAAGAAAAGACUGACUGAAGCAGAGCUCUGUAUUGGUCCUAAUGACUGGAUUCUUUGUACACAUGAGGAUAUAGAAGGUCGUAGAGUAAACCCAUGCACUGGUGGGCUUUCUGUACCCGGCAUGUUAGAUGCUGUUUGUGAAGAGAUGGAUCAGACAACUGGAGAACCACAGUGUGAAGUUGCCCGAAGGAGGCUCCAGGAGAUUGAGGACAGGAUUAUUGAUGAAGAUGAAGAAGUUGAAGCUGACAGAAACAUUAACCAUCUGCCCAGUCUUGUCCUUUCUGAUACCAUGAAAACAGGUUUAAAGCAGGAGUUUGAUGAAGUCUUUACAAAGAAGAUGAUUGAGUCUAUGAGCCGUCCUUCCAUGGAGCUUGUGCUCUGGAAACCUCUCCCUGAACUCCUUUCUUCUGAUAAGCCAAAGCCAUCACCAAAUGCUAAAAACUUCCUGGGAGAGAGCCAAACUAAGCAUGCAGGUGCUGGCACUGCCUUCCCCCAGAGAACGGAACUGUAUUUGGAACCUCCACAAACAGGGAUGCCUCUUUACAGUAGUUUGGAGACAACUGCUAGCACAGAAGAAGAGAUGGAGCUCUAGAAUCAGAUUCUGUACCAGAUUUGUCAAAAUGUAAAAGGCUCUUAUGUUCAGUAAUGAGCCUACUUGCAUAGUGUAGGGAUUUGAAAGUUUUAUGAAGCGGGUGUCAUUGUGCAUCCACUUGUGAUUUGAAGUGGGACUCCCAUGUUGGGUAGCCAUGUAUUGAAGCCAGCUUUUCGCCAUGGAAGCUUGUCUCAAGGGAAAAGCAGUUUUCUAGCAGGUUUCUUAAAGGAAUUAUAGGUUAUAGAAACAGCAUAUGUAAGAGUGACUUAAAUCAUCAGUCACAUGUUUAAGCCAUUCGUAAAUUUGGAGAACACUCUUGAAAUGAAAAAGAUGAUUAAGAAAGAAGGAUGCUUUUAAUAAAACUACCAGUGUACCCUGUGAGUCACAGCUUAAGACUAAACUGUUUACGAGUGGUGACUGUAUAUGAUUGGGAAGGAGAAGGGAAGAAAGCAGUAGCAUAAGCCUCUUUCCAAGAAAUUUAACUGAGGCCGUGAAACUUGUGUUAGUUGUCAGUUCAAAAUAGCCAUAUUGAUAAAGUAGCCAGUAGCAUUGUGGCUGUUCUCAGAAAUGCAACUGAAAUACAAAGGUUUUUUUCUUCAAGGCUUUUUUGCCUUGUGCUACUGUUGCUCAGUGGUGUCCCUACCAUAAUUGAUGAGCCUGGUUUUUCAGUAAUGUUUACAGCUUAACUUUGAGCACAGGUAUAAAAAUUUUGAGGUAACUCAUCUGGAAAUUGCCUAUGGAAGAAGCAUCCUUUAAUCCUAAGAAAGUGCUGUAUCAGCAAAACACAGCAUUUUUAACAUCUAUAAAAAAGGAAGGGUUGUACCUGUGUUAGCAAGUUAUUUUUAAAUGUUAAUUUUGAAAAUGAUUAACUGAGCAUAUAAGGCAAGUGACAUUGAGAUUACUGGAAUAGCCAAUUUGUCUGGUGCUUACACUGUUCAGUAAGCCUAAAAAUUAGUAAAGAAUAGCUUCUUGCUAGGAAGAUGCUAUCUUUUGGAUACUUAAACCAGGUUUAAGGUGUCUUGGAAAUAACUGGGGUUACAAUUUUUUAAUUUCUCAGGAAGAGCUGUUCUAUGUGUCAAAGACUCAUAGUACAAGGUGGAGUGACAAUUGCUUUAUUGCUACAGAACAUUCACAAUGUUAUUAAAUGAGUGUAAUAUUGUAAUACUGGCCCUUUCAUCGUACAACAGGAGACCCAGUUUUUUUCUGGGUUUCUUGUGUAGGAAAAUGGUUUAUGCCAAGUAGAGGUAAGUAUUUGGGAAGCUAGCCUUCCAGGCAAUUUUAAAACCUAUGUUGAAAUCCCUCUCCUUAUUACAGAUGGUGUGGAAGUUACAAGUCUGUUAAUUGGACUGUUUCUUCUCUUGCCUAUUGUUUCUGCUUUUUCCAUUCUGUCUGGAUAGUCAGGAAAAGAUUUAAUGUUUAAUAUUUAAACAAGCUAUUUAAUGUCUACACAGUAAAAUUAUUCAAACUUCAAACCAGUAUUGAAUCCAGUUGGAAACCAGCUAAUAGAUUCUUAAUCUCAGAUUUAAGAGAUGAAUGUAAACUGUUCUGUUGAAAUGUGCAGGUGUUUUAUUCAUGCCAUUUGAAAAACUGCCUUGAGGUCAUUGUCUAGUGGGACCAACUUGUAAAGUUUGUAGCCUUAAAGAAGUCUUUGUGCUAAAAAGUUUUAGUACAACUCAAAAACAUGGAGGGACUGCCUAGAGUUUGGAUUUAGUCCCAGUGUCACGAAGGAAAAGGAAAUGGCAGCUUUCCAAAGAAAGACCCGUAGCACACUAAGCUUAUCUUCCUAUCUUCUGUAGAAAUGGUUGGCCUCUGAUCAGAGCCCUGUUCCAUAAAAGGGAAAAGAAAGCCCUAAAACUAGACUGUGAUACAGUGGAUAAAGGACAGAAUUAGGAGUCUGUUUAUUACAAUCUAAAAUCCCCCACUUGUUUUUCUGGGGUUAUCAGAUAUGAUCGUUAUUUCUGCAGGAAAGUAAAUGUUUAAUGCUCCUUUUUGGACUAUUGUCUUCUGGCAUAUGUUUGGUUUUUUUUCUUCAUCCUUGUGGUGCUUAUUCAUCUGAGCCAUCUCCACGGUUCCAAUGUCUUUUUUAUCAUAACGCUUUUAUUUUUUACCUUAAAGUUUCCCUGGAGAAUUAAUAGGUCUUUUCAUUUUAUACAUUUUUUUGCAGCAUGGAUCAAACAUUGGCUUAAUAUACUAAUGUGUGAAGAGAAAAAAUUGCCUAAGAAGUUGAGUUUUAGUGAACAAAUGUAUAUUUUCUCCGAGUUUGAGUAGGGUAUGUGUGAUUUUUUUUUUUUUUGGUUGUUUCUAAUUAAUACGAAGAAAGUAAGUCCAGUUCUUGCAAAUAGUAAUCAUUUUUUAAAGUGCUAUCCAUCCCUGAAAAGGUACAAAUGUAAAAUUUAAAAAAGUAAUUAGGGUAGGGCUUAGAACUAUGAGAAAAAUGUUUACCAGCAGAUCCAUUCAUUAUUUUGGAUUUGGAACUUUUUUUGUAAUAGUGACAAGAAUGGGUACAGUGCUAGGAAAGUUCUGAGAAAUGCUGUCAAUUUUACUUUAAAAUGAGAAUCUGGUGUUUCUGUAUUUUAUCAUUUUUCAAUAAAAUUUAAGUGUUUUGGA